AUGGCUGCGGUGAGUAGACUCACGAGAGCAUUAUCCGAGGAGCGUGCUUCGGUGCUGGCGAGCGAGGCAAUAGAACUUGCCAAAUCGGGCCGACUACAACAAGCUUCAGCAAGACUGAGAGAGGCUGCAGCUAUUGGCCAUGACAAUGCUGAUGUGCAAGCAGCCUUCAUAACCUUACACCAAGGACAAAGCUCAUCACCUCUAUUAGAUUUGUGCAGAAAGUAUGCACAUUAUCACGAUCCCAAAGCUGGCGAAGAUGCUGUAGCACUUCUCCGUUCACCAAGUUCGCCAAAGCCAAGCCCCACGACUGCUCUGGAAUGUCUUCAGCUUGUCCUUGAAGAACCACCAACCAAAUUAUCAGAUGCUCAGGAUGCUAUCGUUUCAGAACUUACGAGAAGUCAUGUCCAGAUACGGCAGCACAUGGUUAAGCGACUUUCCGAAUCAACCACCGAGUUCUUCGAGGAUAUGUUUGCGCGAGGCGAUGAAUCAGCCAACUGCAUGAGAAGCAUCGUUCUUGAGGUCAAACUAUGGCAGAAUGAGGAAGUUCGUCUGCGGGUUGAGGACGACCUUUUCGUCCUUUUCAUUGCCAAGUUAAUGGAGAGUGGCCAUGACCACGAUGGACGAGCCCUCAAAGGUAUCACUCUAUUGCUGCUCGCAGAUACUCCUAGGCUAUAUUCCCAUAUCGACGAGGAUGCUUUCGAUGCACUUCUGAAGUCCUUGGAUUUGCGUUUGCCCGCAGACGUAAGAGGACAAGCCACAUUGGUAAUCGCAAAGUUCAUGGAAGUCGCCGAACUCGAGGCACAAAAAUACUUCAGCGAUUUCAUCACAUCACAAGUCGCCAAACAAAAGCCUGAAGGCCUAGUCAUCAGUUUCUCAGCUGCUGCACAACUCUUCCCAGUCGCCUCAAACGUUACUGCUCAGUUGUUCCUUACCGAAGGCUUUCUACCGAACCUCAUGCCUCUUCUCGAACAAAAAUUCUCAAACUCUAUAGUACACGACGCUUUUCUAGCUUUGCUAAAUGCCGCCUGCGUUGAAGGUGCUUGCCGCAAAGCAAUACAGCAAUAUUGCACGACCUGGCUGUCAGAUAAAGUAAGCAACGGCACUGGUCGUCAGCCAGCCAUAGCCGCAACCGUACUCGCCAAGUUACGUACAGCCAACAGAGGAACUGCAGAAGGUGGCAUCCAGGCAGGAAAUGAUAAUGUUAGUGACCUUGUUGAUCUUUUUCAAAAAUCCCUUGUUGUUGAAGAUCAUGAUGAAAAGAAUAUCUCUGACUCUAUUGAAGGUCUUGCGUACACAUCUCUGAGACCAGAGGUGAAAGAACGACUAGCGAAUGAUCCAAAGGUCAUCAAAACAAUACUAUCUGCUCUCGAAGAAAAUCAUAGCAGUCCCGAAAUCUCAAUCGGUGGACUUAGCAUUAUCACGAAUCUGACGCAUUACCAGCCUAACCUGUCCGAAGAGCAGCAGAAGAUGUCACAACUUAGAGCCUAUGCUAAUGCCAGCAAACCAGAUUUCCAAGUUUCAGAAUUGGAGGACGACAAGCACGUCGAAAGGCGCUGUACAACGUUGAUCAAAGCUGGUGUUACUGCAACAUUGGUCAAAAUCAACAAGGCGCCUUCCUCUGCGACUAUCCAGCUAACAAACAAGAUCUUACUCAGCUUGGCCCGUAACCCGAAGGAACGGGGCACAAUUGCACAGCAAGGAGCAGUCCGCCUGCUCAUUUCACAUUGCCAACCACAACCACAGCAAAAAGCACUACUCUCUUCCUCCCAGCCAAAAUCGUCGAACGUCCCUGCAAAACCAGCAAUCCCGCACAAUGCUGCACAUGCACUUGCACGAAUUUUGAUCUCGAUCAAUCCUGCCCAUCUUUUCCCAUCCGGUGCCACGCCGCACAUCACAUCUGCAAUUCCACCUCUUGCAUCAUUGCUCAAGCAACUCACUACCGAAGGUCCAACUCUAACCGACUCGGGUCCUCGUGACCUCCUACCUGUCUUCGAAGCACUUCUUGCCCUAACAAAUCUCGCCUCAACGCCCACCUCCGAUGCUGCCAAAGUUAUCAUCCGCACCAGUCUCUCGGACAUCGAAGACCUCCUGAUCAGUACAUCGAACGACCGUGUCCGCUGUGCCGCUGUCGAACUCGUCUGCAAUCUUGUCGCGCAUCCAGAAGGUAUCGUGCUCUAUGCCGAUGGCUCACGUAAAGCUCGAGAACGUCUGCGGAUACUGAUUGCCAUGGCUGACGUUGAGGACUUCAAGACUCGCUCAGCUGCUGGUGGUGCUUUGGCCAUGCUGACGGACUAUGAGGAGAUCAGGAUUUCAAUCAUAGACGAUGCAGAGAAGCUUGAGCGGACUGUUGACGUUGUACUUGAUAUGGCCUCCGACAAGGAGCUGGGACUGAAGCACAGAGGAUUCGUUGUGCUUUCGAACCUGUUGCAGGGAGAACAGGGGCGAGGUGAGACAUUCAAGAAGGCUUGUAUUGGAGCAAGCGGCGUGGACAAGGUCAAAGCAGCACUGAGAGAGGUGCGGGAACAGGGUAUUCUGGAGAUUGGCGUUGAUGUCCUGAAGACUUUGAUGGGUAAGACAUAG